GAAUACGUUGUUCGGCUAACGUUAACCCGUAGAAACGCAAGCCCGAAGGGGAGGAAAAGGCUUAUUUUCCCCCCGCUUCAGCGACUGUAACUGACGCGGAAUUUUACACAGAUUUGGAAGGACCUCCGCUAACAAGUAAAAAAAAAAAAAAAAAAGAUUUUUUUUUUCGACGUCACGUCGUUAUUUAGCCGAUUAGCUAGCUUGCGACGUGGGUCAGUUAGAUAAGGAAACGCGACAUUACUAUUAUUAUUUUUAAGGAAACGCAUCGUUAUAUCGACGGAUUAUUGGCUACCUGAGUAUCUUUGAGGAUACUUUACCGUGACCAGUUUUUUUUAAAACCUUAACAGCCGUCUGAGGAAACGAUGGGCUCCUCCAAGAAACACAAGGAUAAGGGCCGCGACAAGGAUACCGAGGAGCGUCGUCGCGAACACAAGAAACACCGCCACAAGGAACGAGACAGAGACGCGGAACGGGACGGAGGUCGCGAAAAGGAGAAAAGGAAACGCUCCCGGUCCAGAGAGAGAAGUGGAAGAGAGGGUCGUGGCAAAGGUGAGAAAGGCAGCGGGGAGCCGCGGCUGAAGAAGGAGAAGGUCGACCCUGCUUAUGAGGAGAGCUCGGUGAUAGAGCCGCAGUCUGCGAGUGGGGAUGCGUCACUCAGCAUUGAGGAGACCAACAAACUCCGAGCUAAGCUGGGUUUGAAGCCUCUGGAAUUGAACGAAAACAAGAAGGAGCUCGGCACAAAGGAGGACCCCCUUGUCGCAGUGACCAUUAACCCUGUCCAAAUCCAGCAGCAGAAAGAGAUGAGAGAGAAGCUCGCAGCAAUGAAAGAAAAACGUAUUCUCAAUCAGAAACUGGGGAAAGUUAAAACCUUAGCUGAUGACGACUGGCUGGAAGACACAGCUGCCUGGGUGGAGAAAAGCCGUAAAUUGUCAAAAGAGAAGGAAAUGGCUGAAAAAAGAGCAAAGCUUCUGGAAGAAAUGGACGAAGAGUUUGGUGUAAGCAGUCUGGUGGAGCAAGAGUUUGCGCAGAGUAAAAAUGAUUCUUACACAUCUCGGGAUCUCAAAGGGCUCACAGUACAGCAUAAGAUGGAGGCUUUCGAAGAGGGUGAGACUGUUAUCCUCACACUGCAAGACAAAGGUGUGCUUGAAGAAAAGGGUGACGUCCUCGUGAAUGUGGGAUUAGUGGAUAGAGAAAAGGCGGAUAAGAAUGUAGAGUUGAAGAAGAAAAAGCCUGAUUACAAGCCCUAUGAAGAAGAAGAGAGUGUGGACGAUAUGGUUAUGUUAAAGCCCCGGUCAGUGCUGUCAAAGUAUGAUGAGGAGAUUGAUGGAGAAAAGAAGAAGAGUUUCCGCCUCGGUACGGGGGGUUUUGCUGAGGGGGAGCGGGAACGGGAGCUUCAGGCCAUUAGGGAGUCUCUUCGUAACCAGGCCCAGUCUUUGGAAAUGCCUGCACUCACUAUUGCCACAGAGUACUUCACACCUGAGGAAAUGGUGGGCUUUAAAAAAACAAAGCGUCGUGUCAAAAAGAUCAGAAAGAAGGAGAAGCAGUCAGUUCCAGAGGAACUCGUCAUGGAUGACACACGCAGCUCUGACUUCGGUUCCAGAUCACGUGGUCGGGGCCGCAGGCAGGGAGGAGAGGAAGGCCAGGAGAUGGUGGCAGAAGAGACAAGUGUGACACAAGAUGUCCCCCAGAUGUCUGAUGACAUCAGGAUGGCAGAAAUGGACAUAAGCGAUGAAGAGGACUUCAUACUUCCUGAGCCAGCUGUACUUGAGGAGGAUGAGGCAGAGCAAGAGUUACAGAAACAACUAGAAAAGCAAAGGAAGCUCAAACAAAAGCAGCUUCUCAAAGACUCGGGGGAGAAGGUGGCAGAGAAGGUAAAAGUGUUGGAAAAAGAUGACAAUGACAACAACCCAGACAAGAGGAACAACAUUGUUUUUAAUGCUACCUCUGAGUUUUGCAGAACUCUUGGUGACAUUCCAACUUACGGGCUUUCAGGCAACAGAGAGGAUCAAGAAGACAUUAUGGAUUUUGAGCAGGAGGCUGAAAAAGAUGACGCUGGGGAUUCAGAUUCUGAGUUGGAUGAGAACAUUGGGUGGAGUACAGUCAACCUGGAUGAAGAGCAAAAACAGCCUGAUUUUUCCACAGCCUCCACUACCAUCUUGGAUGAAGAGCCUAUUGUCAACUCUGGCCUAGCUGCUGCCUUGAUGCUGUGCAAAAAUAAAGGUCUGUUGGACACUCAAAUGCAAAAGGUGGCCCGUGUCAAAGCACCAAAAGGUGCUCUGCCUAAUGAUAACUAUUGCAUAGAAGACAAGAUGACCAUUGAUGAUAAGUACAGUCGAAGAGAAGAGUACAGAGGUUUCACACAGGAUUUCAAGGAGAAAGAGAGCUAUAAACCUGAUGUCAAGAUUGAGUAUGUGGAUGAGUCAGGGCGGAAACUCACUCCAAAAGAGGCGUUUAGGCAGCUCUCGCACCGAUUCCAUGGAAAAGGUUCUGGUAAGAUGAAGACGGAAAGGAGGAUGAAAAAGCUGGAAGAAGAGGCCCUGCUGAAGAAGAUGAGCAGUAGUGAUACCCCGCUGGGAACAGUGGCUUUGCUUCAAGAGAAACAGAAAUCUCAGAAAACACCAUAUAUUGUCCUAAGUGGGAGUGGGAAGAGUAUGAAUGCAAAUACCAUCACCAAAUAAGUUUCCAAGAAAAGGUUAUCUUUAAGACGUAGAUACAGUUAUUUUUACGUAAGAUAGUUGAUACCAUUUUAUCUUGAUGUCCUGUUGUAACAAAAUCAGUCUUGCAAACAUUCAAUAAAAUUAAUAGAAA